CGUCCAUGUUCGUUCGCGCUGGUUUUUCUUUGUUUCUCUCUGCUGGUUUGGUUCUGAUUCUUAAUCGAUGGGGGAGUGACUCGGGGGUGCGGUGUCUUGUCUCGUCUUUAGCUUGAAGGGUUCGUGGGUGGGUGAGGAUUGCUUUUCUUUUCUUUUGCUUUUGUUGGUUUGGUGAGCAGAUCGGCGGAAUCUUCGUGACGUUUUUUGAGUGGGGAGGUUGAUUGAUUCGUGAGUCCGCGUUGUGUAGUUAGGACACCAGCAGUUUCCCUCGCUUUAAAUAAUGGAGCCGAUGUUGACUUACUGAAAAUCUUGAAGGAAAGGGGACAAAAAACAUCGUGUUGGCCGGUUCCAUCGCGUUUUAACUUGGUUGAAAUUAUAGCCCAGUUUGUUUUUUCCUUUGUUGUUCCCUUCUUCUCUGGGAAUCAUUGUUGAUCCGAAAACUGUGGACUGGUUCCAUUAUCAUUUCGUUGAUUGACCCCUUCUUAAUGGUUUGGACAUCUCGGCGUGCCUGCUAAUGUGUCCAAUUUGGAUGCAACUUUACGUGCUUGAUAGCUUCUGAAGAUGGGACCAUACUGUCGACUCGACAUUUAUAACCUUUAGCUAUUGUUCGGGGAGACGUAAAUUGAACUAACGACCUUUGAUGUUCUCUUCUGCAUAUGUGGUAUUACGUUCAUACUGUUUUCCUAGUAGUGAAAUUGGUCGCUUGAUUAAAGCUGUCGGCUGAGAGAAGCCGGGCGAUCGAAAGAAUGUUCGAUGUGAUUGAAUACUAAAGAAUAUGUUUUCUGUGAUAAUCGGUAAUUGGCAUUUCUAUAGGAUCUGAUGUGUCAUGCUAAAAUUCUAAGGGCAAUUCUAUUGGGCCAUAUAAAUGAGGGAAUCGUUAUGAUUGGAGAGGAUUCUAAAGUUUUUCUUUUCCUUGUUGCUGCACUUACCUAUCUCCAAAGUGAUUCUUCAGAAUUGGGUUAGCCAUCGGUGUACAUUUAAAGGCCGAAUCUUCCUUUUUAGUUCAAGAGUUCAUUGGGGAUGGCCGCAGUUUCCAGUACUUGCGAAAUUGUUGAAUCAGCAGAAGAAUUCAGUUCCAUGUGUAAACAGGACGAGAAAGGUGGAAAUAGUUGCCUGCAAAAGUUGUCGAACAAAUCUUCACUCGAGGAUGAUAUCAAUCGCCUCUUUGAGUCGCUUAAUGUCCGAAAUUCAUCUAGGAGUUCGGGUUUAUUGAAUGAAGCUGGCAGAGAGUCUCUACGGAAAAAUGCUUCAAAGAGACCCAUGCGAGGCGGUGCAUCACCAGCAUCAAGUAUUGGGAUAUCAGAGCCAUUGAGUUUGAAGCAGGCUCUGAGGGGAUUAUGCAUCUCUCAAGCUUCAGAAAUGGCAGCUAUGAAGCGACUGUCGAAGCCAGUUAAUUCUCCAACCUUGUCAGAAGCUGGAACUAUUAAAAGGUUGUAUAGGGCAGUGGUGGUUGAGGCCAAUGGAUCCGGCCUUCCUUUAAACGAAGGUGAAGGGAAGGUGUUAGAAAUUUCCCUUGUAUCUGAAGGUAUCAGUUCAAAUACUUCUAAGGGAGUGUCUGAGUCCCUUCAGAUACCAUCCACAGACUUAACUCAUCAUGAGGCUCAUCCUUCUUCAUCUAUCAAAGCAAAAGCACCGCAGUUGACAAUCCGAAGAUCUUCCUUGGUAGAUAAGAUUCGUCCCUUGGAAACAAAAUCUGCUGGUGCAGAGGUGAAUACAGAAGUUGGAAAGGUCAAAUCUGUGGAGCCUUCAUCUCUUCUUGAUAGUGGCGAAAAACUUGCAUUUAAUGAUCUGCAAGAUGCCACCCAGUUUAAACUUCCACCAGCAAAACCAGCCCAGAGCAAUGGACAAAAGGGAAAUUUAGAUGCUACGUCUAAUUUAUCUAGCCCUUUGGCCCCUUCCGCUGGUAAGAGGGGAAAUAAAUCCAGUUCCAACAAUCCAUGUUUUGUUAUGCCAGUCUUUGGGAACAAAAACUUCAUGAAGAAGAAAGUAAAACACGAAUCAAUUUCUGCUUCCUGCAGUUCUAGUCCCUGUAUUCAGAAAUUAGGUGGUGUUUCAGGUCCUCGCAUGGAUAUUAUGGAAAAGAAUUGUAUUCUCGACAGUGAGGGGAAAGAAGUUGAAAAGGCUUCUCCUGAUUCAGGUACUACAGAUAAGAGGAUUGAAGUGAAUGCAAGUUCUGCUGAUACUGGUUCGAGCAACAUAGAGUCUACAUUGACCUGCAGUAGCAGAAUUAAAUCCCUGGAUAAUAAAGCUGAUGAAGUUUUCAGAUCAAGAGAAAAAGGUGAAUUCUCUCAAAGCUCAAAAAGUAGCAUUGGGGACUACAGGUGUAGCACUAGCAUUAGUGAAACAAGUAAUCUUAGUGGGUCCAAUCGGUGUGGGAGCAGGCCUCAUAUGUCAAAAGACUCAAGGUGGGAAGCGAUCCGGUCUGUUCAGAUCCAGAGUGGAAGCAUAAACUUGAAACACUUCAAACUGCUUAAGAAGCUAGGCUGUGGGGAUAUCGGAAUUGUUUAUCUCGCUGAAUUAACAGGUACUAACUGCCUCUUUGCACUGAAAGUGAUGGACCUCGAGUUCUUGAUAAAGAGGAAGAAAAUGGCUAGGGCCCAGACUGAGAAAGAGAUAAUGCAAAUGCUGGAUCAUCCAUUUCUGCCGACACUGUAUUCCCACUUCUCGACGGACAAACACUCGUGUUUAGUCAUGGAGUAUUGUCCAGGUGGCGAUUUGCAUGUUCUGCGGCAGAAACAACCGACAAGGAGUUUCUCUGAACAAGCAGCGAGGUUUUAUGUUGCUGAAAUUCUCCUUGCACUGGAGUACCUGCACAUGCUUGGAGUAGUGUACAGAGACCUAAAACCAGAAAACAUACUGGUCAGAGAAGAUGGUCACAUCAUGCUCUCAGACUUUGACUUAUCACUCCGAUGUGCCGUAAACCCAACAGUGGUGACAUCAUCGUCACCCGACGCAGAGCCCACGAGAAAGACAUCUAGUCCAUGUACGGAAUCUAGCUGCAUUGACCCUUUCUGCCUCCACCCAUCCUUUCAAGUGCCAUGCUUCACUCCUAGACUCUUAUCAAUCGCCACAAAAGGUCGGAAAAUGAAGUCUGAUCUGGCGGCUCAGGUCAGCCCCCUGCCGCAGCUUGUGGUGGAGCCGACCAGUGCCAGAUCCAACUCCUUUGUCGGGACCCACGAGUACCUCGCUCCUGAAAUUAUCAAAGGUGAGGGUCAUGGAAGUGCUGUCGAUUGGUGGACAUACGGGAUAUUUCUGUUCGAACUGUUAUACGGCAAGACACCCUUCAAAGGUCCUGGAAAUGAGGAAACAUUGACCAAUGUCGUCUCUAGAAGCCUCAAGUUUCCGAGUAGCCCGGUUGUGAGUUAUCACGCGCGAGACUUGAUCAGGGGGCUCCUGAUAAAGGAUCCAGAAAACCGACUGGGAUCUUCGAAGGGGGCUGCAGAGAUCAAGCAUCACCCGUUCUUCGAGGGCCUUAACUGGGCGCUGAUUCGCUGUGCGGUUCCACCUGAGCUGCCGAGGUACUUCGACACCGGCGUCAGCGCGAAUUCUACUCAGGCAGACACGGCGAAAUGUAAGGAUUUUCAGAACAUAGAGGAGCAAAUGGAAUUCGAAGUGUUUUAGCCUUUGUUUCGAAACGGUUCUUGCGCGGGGGAAAGAAGAUUUUUUUUCAUGUUCUUCCCAGUUUUUAAGAUUGAUUUUCUGUAACUUACAUAUAUGUAGGAUCUAUUGUAUAUAUCAUGUAGGAGAUCUGGGGAAUUUUUGUCAUCUAUAAGUACUGUAACUAGGACUGACAGUACAACCUAAGAUACAAGGAAAAAGGGGGUUUCAGUCAAGUGCUUAGAAAUAAUAUAAACUUUGCGAGAGAACCCAGGAUCAUUACUUCUACCA